UUGGUACGGUUAUCCCUGAGGGUAGUACUUGUACUACCAGAAGGCAUUAAAGUAAAUGCGGGUGUGUGUGUGUGGAGGGGGGGGGGGUGUGGGGGAGGUACGCUGUUCUGGGCCAGGCUUCCAGAACCUUUAAUUCAGAAUCAGAAUAAAUUUAUAGAAAACUAAACUACUGCAUCGAUUUUCUUCAAACUUUUUGUGUACACUUACAGUAAUUUAUCUCAGCGCUUAGGACAACCACAAAAUCCAUUAGGUUGUCUGUUGACAGUCUGUUGAUGUCUUGUUCAGUAAAAAUAAAUUUCGUCAACAGUUUUGUUAUUGUUACAGGAUAUUGUUUCUCUUUUAGAGAAGUUCAGUGGAACAAAGGCAAUAUUUUGGGAUGAACAACUCACUGGCCCCAUUGGUUUGGUGGCAGAAUACAGUUUUCUUAAGGAACUAGAUGUUGUAAAAAUGUUCCAGUUAAAACCUGGGCGCUUGCCUUCCAUAUCUGUUAAAAAUAUACUGUUCAUCACAAGACCUGAAGUUGAGCUGAUAGAUUUUAUUGCCGAUAACUUGCACAGCGAAGAAAGCCAAGGACAUUCUGCUAGUAAGGAAUAUCAGUUAAUUUUUGUCUCCCGACAAAGUGCAGUAUGUGAACAGCGGCUCAAGGACAAAGGAGUGUAUGGAACUCUUACUUCUAUUGAUGAACUGCCUGUUGAUUUUUUCCCACUAGAUAGUGAUGUCAUUUCAAUGGAACUCGAUAAUGUUUUCAAGGAUUUAUAUGUUGACAAUGAAAUCAGCUCCUUACACCAAAUGGCUCAUGGGUUAAUGUCCCUCCAAAGUUUAUAUGGCAUUUUCCCCAACGUUGUGGGUAAGGGGCGCCAUGCCCGUAACUUAUUCGAAUUGAUGACUCGAAUGCGACGUGAUAUUGGGGUAGACUGUGAUCCCCCCAUGUCUCCGUUGUUCGACACUCUCAUGAUCAUUGAUUGGACUGUAGAUUUGAUAACUCCUUUUGUCACUCAGUUGACCUAUGAGGGUCUUAUCGACGAAUUCUAUGGAAUAAAACAUAAUACAGUCAAGUUUCCAGGAGAAAAUUUUCAAGCCUCAUCACAUGCGGGCCAGUCACCUCGCUCUGAUGGUAGCUCUGUUAAAUCUGUUGUUCUAAACUCGGCCGAAGAGCUUUACGCUGAUUUGAGGGACAAGAACUUUUCAGCCGUGGGUACUGCACUCAGUCACAAAGCUAAAGCUAUUUCAGCUCAGUAGCCUGGAUAACGCCAUUGUUGCAUUUGGAGGUGUUAAGGUUUCUGCAUUCGCACGCGAUAGUGGAGAAAUAUUCCUAGACUCCUUCGAUGAUUCGGUAAUCAUGAUCAACCCGGAUAUACCUGAUGAAAGGGAGCUGAGGGAGUGGCUUAAAGACAAUCAGUAAACAAAUCCUUUUUUACUGAUUGUCUGAAGAUCUUAAUUACUUGACGUCCUUAAACAUCGACUGCAGCUAAUUGCCUCCAUCUUUUUUCUCGAAUUGUUGCCUCCAUCUGUUUCCCUGAAUUGUUGCCUUGCCUCAAACUUUUUUCCUAAAAUAUGGCUACGAUCUUGUAACCUGAACUGUUGCCUCGAUGUUGUAACCUCAACUGUUGCCUUUUUACCUCAGCCCUUGUGAUGGAGAAAUUGGGCCACUGUCUGAGUUUAACUCAAGAAUUUACAUUGUUUAUUAUUUUAUUUCGUAAAUGAUACAGAAAAAAAAUCAAGGAAAUUACAAUAAA